GAGCAGGCAGAUGCCCGGCUGGGUCUGGGCAGAAGUUCCUCCUCACCACCUCCAGGCCUGUCUUCACCACUCGUUCUCAUUCACGACUUUAAGAUUCUGGAGGCCUAGAAUCCACUGGGAUCCGCAGCCGUGGACCCCAAUGUUGUGGCUGGAGGAGGGGAGCCAGCAGGGCCUGGGGCUCCAGGCUCUGCCCGAUGACGCGGCUUGUGGGAGCAGGAGCUGAGGACAGGCCAGAGAGAACGCUGAAGAUGAAGGGCCUCCUCACACUGGCUUGGUUCCUGGCCUGUAGUGUGCCUGCUGUCCCAGGGAGCUUGCUGGAGCUGAGGGUGAUGAUUGAGAAGGUGACUAGGAAGCCCGCCCUGAUGAGCUAUGGCUUCUAUGGCUGUUACUGCGGCUGGGGGGGUCAAGGAACCCCCAAGGAUGGUACUGAUUGGUGCUGUUGGAUGCAUGACCACUGCUACGCACAGCUGGAGAAAAAAGGCUGCAAUGUCUUGACACAGGUGUACAGAUACAGAGUUGCAUGGGGCCUGGUCACCUGUGAACGUGGGUCCCUCUGCCAGAUGCAGCUCUGCGCCUGUGACCAACAUUUCGUCUACUGCCUGAAAAGAAACAAGAGGAGCUACAACCCUCGUUAUCAAUACUUUCCCAACUUCCUCUGCACCUAGUCGCCUCAGUGAGCUCCUCCUGGACCAAGACUCUUACACCCUCUCCUACAGCACAGAGCUUACCCACUCUGCUGGGAUCCCCAGAGAGGCUCCCAGGUCUGGGACCUCAUUCUUUCUUGAUGUUCCACUGGGCUCGGAGUAGCCCCACGGCCACACUUCACCCUCCAGAGUUCCAGGAGAGUGACUCUGGUCAUUAGACCUGGCAAGGUCAGAGUCCCCGGCCUCCACUUGCAAGAUCAGCCGCUCUGGUGCCGAAAGCUCACCCUUCACUCCAGGCCAACUGUAUUUCUCCUCAUCCCUGAAGACGGCCCUGCUUCUCCAGAGGGAGGCUUUCCUGGGAUGCAUUGACUUUUCAGUUCUGCUGUUGGGUUAUCACUA